AUGCCUUCCAUCAAGCCUAUCCUUGAGCCAUUGAAGACUCCCCAGCCCAUGGUCUUCCCAUCCGAGCUCCAAGGCAACGACACCGGGUGCAGUCUGUCAGGCAAUGGAAAGAACGAGGAGGGCCUAUCGACUCCUAUCACACCCCCAGCGGCGUACACAGAGUUUCUCAAGGCGUUCACUCCCAUAUUCUCCCCGGAUAGUGCCAGGGCGGAGAAUUCGCGGUUCAGCUUUGACCGGCCACUUGAGCGCCAGGCCAACACGCCUACCUCCCAGCCGACCAGCGCAGCCAGCUCCUCAUUCAACUUCAGUGAGCCAGCCAGGUCAGCCACCGCUUCUCUGCCCCCGCCAACGCCCUACGGCGCGCCCUUUCCCCGUCGCGAUCCCAGGAGCCUGCGGUCGUUGCGGAUCCCGCCGCGGUACUCGCCCACGACUAUGACCGAGUCUCCGCGCAGCGCGACCAUGCUCCGGUCGCCGUACUCCCCGCCGGAAUGGAAGACGCGGUACCAUGAGAGUCCACGGAGUGCCAACGGCAGAGUCAGCGUCCGCCACGUGAUCACUCACACGAUCACGUACAAGAGGACGCAGCUUGAGGAUCCGCCCAAGGGAAAGCGCAGAAGGGUCAAUGAGUCUAGUAGGUCAGAUGAUUCGGACGACUCUGAAGAUUGUUAG